AUGGAUAAACAUGAUUUACACUCUAUUUCUAAAAAAAGGCGGAUAAAUGAUGUGGUAACCGAAGAUAUCCCAAAUCUCAAAGGUGAGCGAGGUUCUAAGGUUGUCGAAUCCACCUUUCAGACAACAAAAUGUGCGGACAAUAUAGUCUACAAAUUAUACUUCAAGGGUUUGGUGAGUGAUGAAACGUCGUCAGACAAAGAAAUGAUUGUGAAGGUUGGAUUUAGGGUCGCAAUAUACGACGAGACGGAUAACUUAUUCCAUGGAAUAAAUAAAUCACUUAAUGACGCCGUGAUUAACCGUAAAGAAGCAGAUAUUCUAGCACUGAUUACUGGAUUAGAUGAAUCAAUUCAUUGUGGGAUUAAAAAUGUCGUGAUUUGUUGCGAUGACUGUCAAAUUUACCAAAUCAUAAUCGGUAGAGAGAAGCCUCAGCAGAAGAUUGUUCAUCUUUUGGAAGAAGUCCAACGCCUUAGAGAGAAACUAGCCUCUACUGGAACUGUUGUGGUUGCGCGAGAUGAUGUUAACUUUGCUCUUAGACUUGCAAUAGACGCACUGGUUUCUGAAAGCAGCAGUAGUAGUGAUGAUGGAGAAAAAACUUGUGCCAUUUGUAUUGAAGAAACCGAUGCUGAGCACAUGUUCUUUACCGACAAAUGCCUUCACCGUCAUUGCUUUUCUUGCGUGAAUAAGAAUGUGGAAGUGAAACUGCUUAGCAGAACAGUGCCCACAUGCCUUGAAUCUGGAUGCAAAUCUGAGCUCACUCUUGAAAGUUGUAGCCAGGUUUUGACACCAAAGCUGAUUGAGAUGUGGAAACGUAAGAUGAAAGAAGACUUAAUUCCCCAUGCAGAGAAAAUCUAUUGCCCAUAUCCACGCUGCUCAGUGUUGAUGUCCAAAACCGAGCUUUCAAGUGAAGCCGAACAAUCCAAUGUCCGGGCAUGUAUCAAAUGCUAUGGACUCUUCUGCAUUGACUGCAAAGUACCAUCGCAUUCUGAUUUGUCCUGUGCUGAGUACAAGAGACUUCACCCUGAACCUCCAUUUGAUGACAUGGAGCUUAAGUGUCUGGCAAACGAUCAAAUGUGGCGUCAAUGUACCGAGUGUAAGCACAUGAUUGAACUUUCUGAUGGUUGCAACCACAUUACCUGCAGAUGUGGAUAUGAGUUUUGCUACAGAUGUGGGCACGGGUGGACUAAGUACCAAUGUCCUUCCGGUUGCCCGCUUAUGGGCGAUGAUGGAGAUGAAGCUGAAUAUGAUUUUGAUGAUGAUAAUGAGGAGGACGACAAUGAUGACGAUGAAGAUGAAGCUGAAUAUGAUUUUGAUAAUGAUGAUGAAGAGGAGGACGACAAUGAUGAAGAUGAAAUUGAUUUUGAUGACUAU